AUGGCUGCUCUAGUGCUUCCUGGACAGCCGCUCUCUACACAAACGACCGGCGCAACCCUCGCUGCAGGGCCUGGGACGUGGAUCCGAGGAGGACAGGUCUAUGCGGCGUUGGUGGGCGAAGUCAGCCGGGAAGGCGGGGUCCUGAGCGUCAAGGGGAAGGAGGAGACGCAGGCGAUUCCUGAACCAAAUGCUAUCGUCAUCGGAACUGUCUCCCGCAUCACCCGACAAGCAGCGACUCUCUCCCUCCUAACCGUCGACGGGCGACCUUGUCGACCAGACUUUACUGGCAUCAUCCGAAGCCAGGACGUUCGACAGACUGCCAAGGACUCUGUCAAGAUUUGGUCUUGCUUCCGGCCUGGGGACGUUGUGCGCGCCAAAGUCAUCUCGCUCGGCGACUCUCGAUCCUACUUUCUCUCCACCGCCGCGAACUCGCUUGGUGUACUGUUCGCCGUCUCGACUUCGACAGGCGAAGCACUGGAAGCGGUCAGCUGGGAGGAGAUGCGGGAUCCUUCAACUGGAGAAGUCGAGUCGCGCAAAGUCGCGGGUCCCGAGUAG